AUGGCUACCCCUGCAUACUGCGGUGGCCGCUUUCCAGUUCCUCCGGCCUUCGACUUUGUGUAGGUCUCAGUACUUCCAGCUCUGCAUUUACCUGCUAGUUUGUUACCCCUCAAAACAAAGAAGGUCGCUGUUGUCUCCAUAAUUGGUUCAUGGGAUAGCCUUACUUGCGGAAGUACUUCACAGCUUGUUGAAAACUUCCUGCAAAAGAAUGUCUUCUCUCUACCCUGUGGCAAGGUAAGUCAUUUUUCCCCCAGCUUACCUUGUAGAGCGUCAUCCAAGGGUUCUACGACUGCGAGCGCCAGCUUAUUUUUCUGCAAUUUCGAGACACGGAGCACCUGUUGGAUGAGCUCCUCUCAAAUCCUAAGGUUUGAACUCCGCCUCAAUCCCUCAUCCGCAUUUUGUCUUCAGAAUUCGGAAGAUAUUUUGGCAGACUGGGAUAUGGAACGGCUGAAGUACCUCUACUACCUUUUCCUGGUUUCUCAUCUUAUCCUGGUAGGCGUAGUCGUCAUGUUAUACCUCAUAUUUUAUCCCAGAUUGUCAGCUAUGGCACAAACCUUGACCCCCGCUAUGUCGCGCUCUUCAAGCUCCUUAAUCGUAUCAGGCAAGUCUGCCCUUUCCUCUCAACAGCUCUAGGACAAAGUUGCGUCAUUCAGUUGAAACGCUGCUUCGUACCCUGCCGCUCCCUCGAUACUGUAUUGCCGCGGGACGCAUCGCCACGCCCCGGCUACUCUUCCUCUUCAAACUGCCGCCGACGAUCGCGGCCCGAAGGCUGGCAGAGGUUCGUAAUCUUUUGCUUUAGCCCGCCCCCCCCCCCCUGUCUGCGCUGCCCUACACACAGCCAGUACACCGGAUGAAUAAUCGCCUAAUUCUUGUGUUCCUACUGCGUCGAAUUCUGUUACCUUUGGCGACUGCAUGCCCUAGUUGGAGUACCUUAGUGGCCUCCUUGUUGCCAUCAUCCCUGUUUUCAGAGGCUGACUUUACACUGUCCUACGGUUUUCAAGUUGCGGAUUGAAACACCAAUAUCAUAGUUUCUAACCUUUUAUUAAAGUGGAGCGAGAAGAGGGCUUAGUGAGCAUUCUGCGUGAUUGGUGUCUACAGCAUUAUUUCAUGGGUAUCAGGAGAAGAUAUAGAAGGAGACAUCGUGGACCUCUUUCCGGUUGCCUUCAGACGAAAUGUUGAAAAUCAGAAGCAGACCGUCAACAUUUCUGUGCAUAGACGACGUCCCUUCUCUGGAGCUUCGGUGCUACUUCUGCCCCUAGCUCUUGGUCAAAGAUCGCAGCCUAGUGUCGCAUAAUUCGGAGUUUGGUGAUGAGGCAGGCUAUUUCAGCAUGUAUGUACAGUUCGACGUAGUCUCGAACCGCGCUUCUCCCAGCACCAACAAACCUCUGUCCGUUCCAUUGGCCAUUCAGAGCUCUUCGAUCCGAUGCACCGUGGCUCGCCUUGGGAGGUGGCGGGAGAUAUCUGGCACGAGACAUUUUCUUGCAGGCUGGUCCCCCAUGUGCAGGUCUACUAUCGGUUGGCUUACGUAAAAAUCCUGGCGAGCAGCGUGGGCGCCGGAGCCUGUGUCCUCUUUCGACUGUGCCUCAGGGCGUUGAGUGUUUCAAACUGCCAAUAGGCGCACUGACCGCGGCUGGGCAGAAGGCGCCACCCAACUGUUAUCUGAGUGUGCAGGGACCUAAACUGCAGCGACAACUGAAUGACCGUCUACUCGAAGAGGUAAGCCGUAGAACCUGAAAGAUGAUCGUCCUUAAAAAUGGACACAACAAGCGGCAAUUGCUGCUCAGAUGGUUGCGACCUUAUAAAACUCUUCGUUAGUUUCCGUAAAGGUCAGUGAAAGCAUAGCAAGAUCAGACUUGCCACCAAAUUUUAGGUCUACCAGGCUACUAUGCCUCUAAACGAAUUCGAUUGUACGGUAACUUGGUUCAAAAAGACCUGGAUCUCGAUGUGCUCUACGGUCUUUGCUUCAAAAGCAUUCUGUGGCUGCGAUAUAGCUACCCAGCGUCACAAGGGACCCGGAAAGAAUCUGCCAAUGUGUUUGGAGAAGAUGAUUCUGGUGGUUUGCACACGUCCUAUGGUUCGAUCAGGUGGCACCGGGGCUUCAUUCUAGACUCGAUCGCACUGCCUUCUGGUAGUAAGUCAACACAGCUACCUGAAGAUUUGGGAUGGAAUCAUACCGAAAGCUAAUAGCGAAAUAAACUACUAAUUUCCCAAGAAACUGCUGCAGAUUUGAGAACACGAAUGAUGUCUGGACGCACUUGCUAACCAAUGGUGUGGUUAGGUUAGGGAACCAUUUACUAAGCCAGCAGUAUCUGUUAUCGCCAUCUACCUCUGGCAUUGCCUGCUUUCUACAUUUUCUAAAAACUUUACACCCCCUGCUUCCGUUCGCCCUUUUCAGAACGAGUAUGCGCUUCUAGCCCUGGAGAAGAACCUGGUUAAUCAGAUCUUCAACGUCUUUUAUGAUAGCGGGUUACUUGACGGGUACGUUUUAAUGCGGUUGUUUUCUGCCUCAGUAUGUUUCUUAAGGCUUUUGUCAGGACCUGAGUAUUACAUAAGCAGAAUCAAAUGUCAAACAGUUGAGCUGCGGGGGGGGGACAAGUCUCUGGACCUUUGCGCUCUGUCAAUUCUCCGCUCUUAUUUGUAUCUUCCCUCCAGAAAUAUUUUGCUGGUUGCGGGAGUCUGUCUACCCUUUACACAACUACUACAUUCUGUAGACUUUUAUUUUCCAAAUCUUACCCCCUUGUAUUUCGCCCCAGGAACUCGUCGGAAACCAGACUAUUUGAUCUGAUGGGCUACAGUUAUGUCCGAGUACUCUACCCAGACGUUGUUGAACCACUCCAGAAGUAUGCCGACGACUCCGACAGGGAUAGCUUGGCCCAACAGCUUCUCGAGGACCUUGUCAGUACUGUACGCCCCUCGGCUCUGGAUAAUUGCGAUCGGCGUACAGCUCCACCGCCCCUUAACCCACUUUAUCCGCCUCCAGACCGACCGGAUGAUCGCAGCUUUGGGGCUUUUCUGCAGUGUCAUCUCUCCAGCCUUCUUGAUGAUGCCAACGUUCGAGGCUCCGGUGAUGGUCAUUCCCACUUUACCUUCGAAUUACCCUCUUGCAAGGCCUGGUUUAUCGUAAGCGAACUAAACUGUUUUUUUACGUUAAGUUUAUUGCUACUACCUUUCCACCAGUACAGGUUAUUUACUCCGUUGUUUUACAGGCUUGCUACAAACUGUUCACCUGCCUGAUGUCUGAACCAGACGCCGCCGUGGGCAGAAGUCCUAGAACACAGACCGAGGCUGAGACAAGCACGGGACUCUCACUUGCCAAAAGCUGGCAGCAACUCUUUUCUCCUGCCACUGCGGCCGUGAGCGAUCACCUUGGUCGAAGUCCCACCUUUGCAGUCCAGGCGAUGCUCGAACAGAAACUGUCCGAAAUUCGCAGCGAGGCCGCACUGACUGCAGCAGAGGCGCAUUACCGUCAGGAUUUGCCCGCCCACUACUCCAGAACCUAUCAUCUGGCAAAGGUGGAUUUUCGCCUGAUGUGCUCUGCCUUAGCGGCUGUUGAAAUCUACAGUAGAUGUCCCAUCUCAUAAAAUGUUAACCAGGAUUCUGAAAUGUGUGUGUUCAAUUCGUAAGUAGGUUUCUAAUAUGAUCCCAAAAUAUUUCAGUCACGUCAGGAUUCCGGUAUUUAAGCGAGCUUUUUUCCGGCCGCCCCAUAAACUUCACUCUGCAAAAAUGCUCACUUAUGCAAUAGAAAUUUUUCACAUUGAAUUUUGAUAUCCUUAUAAAACCACAUGGAUUUUGUAGAAAAAAAUGCACAAAUAUUUUCUUUUCUGUACAAAUCUGGUAGUAAAUUACGUAUUCUUCAAAUUUGGUGCUUGAAGGAGGAGUAUUGUUCGGUUUUUCAAAAAAAAACAUUUUUGCCAAUCCCGAGUAAUCUUGAACCCGACCUGCCAUUACACUCGCAUUCAGGGUUUCCAAAUCACAAGCUCUAUACUUUCCGUGUACGGAUCAUCAUAUCUUUCUUUAUGCAAUUAAGAAGAUAUUAUACAGGACUCAUAAAGUUUUGCAGCGGAUAUGGGCAUUAAUUAACGUCCUGAUGAGGUGCUGUAUGAUUGGGUAUUUCACGGUCUUAAAAACUUUAUAAUUGGGGACUUUUUAAAACCGGACGACACUCUUCCUUCAAGUAUAAAAUUUUAAGAAGAUAUAAUUUGCUACCAAAUUAGUGCAAAAAGAAUGUCUUUGUGCGUGUUUUCUGUAACAUCUAUCUUAAUUUAUAAACGUAUCAAAAAUAAAUACGAAAAAUACAUGCUAAUUAAUUAGUCAUUUUUAGUAAGUAGUUUGUGCAGGCGGCCGGAAGGAAGCUCAUUUACAAACCGACGUCAUAGCGUUACUGAUAUACCUUAUGAUUAUCAAGCACGAUAAUUAAUAUGACUAACUUAUUUAAGUAGUCUUUUCGAAAUAAAUACACAUGUCAAAAUUUCGACCUACAUUUCAUGGGAGAGCACACCUGUUGUACUCAUCGUGUUUCACGCCUACUUACGGGGCUUGCCUCAUCGCUGCAUUGGUGGAAGCGUUUGCAUGUCUGGAUGGUAUUUCGUACAUACAUAUCUGCCUAAAUUUGAGGCUAGAAACGUCACAAUAAAAUGCUCUUCUUAACUUUAAACAUUUCUGUUUUUAUGUCCCUGUAAAGUUGCAGGUAUAGAAAUUAAAAUGUCUCUAAACAAAGCUCACUCGCACGACCUUCAAUGAUUAGUUGGAGGUAUGGGAUCACGGAUUUCGCAGUCGUUUUCCACUUGUUCUCCUGUGCGAAAAUCGGUUUUUGCCAACGGACUUCAGGUUCCUCCAAAAGUUUAUUUUCAGGCUUCGGGUUCCUCUCACCUUCUGAAGGCAUCUCUGAUUGGUGAGUGUUGGCCGUAGUGUAUUUGUUGGAUUAGUACAUGGGGAAUUCGCACACGCAUCCGGACAGCCUCCUAGAUAUAAAUGUACUCUGAGUAAGAGCAGAAUUUCGGGGAUUUCGUGGAGAUGUGCUCGAAAUUACUGCACCGACAUUGCUAACCACAUUGUCGGUACUGUGCUCUUGUCUAACGGAUUCCAUCUUUGCCCAGGUGAUCUCCGCCUACAACGUCUUUCUCUCCCACGCCCGUGGUGCGGCCGUGCUUCCGGCUCUCGACCACCUGACUCGCCGCCUCGCACGCCUCUACCUGGCCGGCCAGGUGGGCUGUUCCGCCCUGUCCGUAUCUGGUGUCCUUUGCCGACAGGAGAUGCACCGGUUGCCGGAUCGUUUUCCGGGCAUCACCAGCGCCUUCCAGUCUUUGCAGCACAAGGAUGAUGGCGGCGGCGGCGGUGCAGCCGGAGGCGGUAUCGAAGAGCCGGACGGGGAGACAGCAGUCGUCAAGCCUCCCUCACCGCAUCACAGUUUGGUCUACUAUGCCAGCCGUAUUGCAUCAGCGACGGAAAUGGAUGACGUAGAGGCCGCUGCGCGUAAAGCCUGCGUCGGCUCCUCCCUUUACGGCCGCGUGCCGCGCUACAAAGAAAUGCUCUCUGAGAGUACUAUGGAGAUUCCUUCAGGUUGGUUGGUAUGCGCGUUUUGUACCCUGUUAUUUCCAACGGGACAACUCGGACCCCGCAGUCAGCCUAGUGUGUGUGUUUGGGUGGAGUUGCCGACUGGUGGACUGAGAGUCAGACUGCAAUGACUCCCUCUUAAUGCAGCUCCCGCCCAGUGGGAUUCGAGCUGUCCCCUUUUUCUCCCUGGUGUAAAAUCCUAGCCAGUAUACGUUGUGGAGCAGGGGAUGUGUUGGUACGUCUAGAUGCGGGUUUUCGCCACGCCAACCACCUGCGCCGUCUCCCACCUCCAGUCUUUUGACCUUGUUUGGACACCGGGUUCAGGUGGGGAAGGAGGCGAGAGUGCAGUAGAUAUAGCGCAAUACUACUAUUACUGUAAAAGAAAUCACGCGCAAGUCACGGUGUCUGCUCUCACCCUAAUGGGGUAGCAAUGCUGCAUAAGCGCGGACCGAGCACGUGUGUAGUACGUGAGAUAGGGACUACUGCACCCAAUCUAUUAUCCAGUCAGUCUCCAUCUGGCUGAUAAGGAUAAGAAAUAAAAGAGAGCAGGUAGGAAUCCGAGUAACAUUUCCACACUAGUUAAUCCGAGGCCUUUUGUAUUUACCAGUGCGCCAUGGGACUAGAAGCGUAUAAGUUUGUCAGUCCGUGUGGUAACUCAAUCCUCGCGCUUAAAAGCAGAACUCGGUGGAAUUAUGUAGCAAAUAACAAUGACCUAGAACAAUAGUGGGAUCUCAGUAGGACUGAUUUAGGGCUGAACUAUGCUAGGUGAAUGGUGUAUCUUUAAAAAGUGCUGAACUGAUUUAUAGUGGACCGUUUCCACUUACUAUACUGAGCACUUCUGUGGACCAAGAAAGUUGGCAUCGUUUUCGGCGGACGUAGCAACGACAGUCUAACCAUCAUAGUUCAUUUUCAAGCCGCUACCAGAGGAACCUAAGGUUCUAAAAUUUGAGCCUUUUCCACAACAAAUUCCUGAGUUCUCUUGAACUCUGGGCAGGCUAUUGCAUAAUUGCCGGAUUCUUGCGAUUCUGAAUUUGCUUCCUCCAGCCUCGGUUUGCAAUCCAGAUUUACAGUGUGUCUACUGUUUUGGGUAUUACCUGCUAAGUUGUCUUCCUGUUUCCUGGUUUAGAAAGGCCGUGAAUCAAUAUCACUUUUGUUCAGCCUUCAUUACCGGGUCCUUUCAAGCUUGCCUAGGGGAAAACUUGUUGAACUUUCGAGAAUUUCACACAAUGAGCUUGAUAAACGCCAAUCUCUUCUCUCUUUUCCCUUAGCACUGACCGGGCUCUGGCGCUGCCAGUGGGUCCUUACGGUCCUGAAAUCUCUGGUUUCUGCAGACAUCGGCAAGCCUGAAAAGACAUCGACUGUGCCGGGGGAUGCUGAUGCCGCGGCUUCGGCCAGCACCCAGAAACCAGCAUCACAUGUGACCACUGGGCAGGGGACGGUAGCGGGGUCAGCGACUGCAGAAAGCCCUCAUGCCGAGGAAGACCAGUCCACGCUGCAUCUGGCUGUGAUGCGACAUCGCUCCGACUUGAAGUUCAUCAGCUCCUGCAACUGUGGCCGACAGCAGGCUCCAAGACCCGACCCCUUUGACUAUCGCGAGGCCAACUGGGAGUUCUACAACUCUCUCGCGCUCAGCUGCUGCAGCAAGGUAGGUUCUUGAAGUAGGCCCGAACGCAGCCGUUAGUAUCUUCGGGAUGGGUUUCUCCUGCACCGCCUGCCCGCUACCAACAAUCCCACCGCCUCACGAGGUGGAUCCAGCAGUGAUUUGCGCGUGAACCUGAAGCGGACCUACACUGCGUCUGCUUCGCCCUCAGUGGUGGUGAUGGUGGCGGUGGUGGUGAUUGUGCUGUUUAAGGUUCGUUGGUCGCGUUGACAUUGCACUGAGUCCGGAGUUGCCCAACGGGGCCAAUCCGUGCCCCGAAUGUUAGCUGACAACCUGGAUGUGAUGCCUGCGUUGUUGGUCUCUGGCACUCCAUUUGCCUUUACCUCUACUAUUCGGUAGCUUCGAAGAUGGGCUGCUACGGUUUUUGUUACAGUGCGCCAAACCGGUGGAUUCUGUGCGCAACCGCCCCCAGCGCCAGGAUUGGUUUGUAGGCUCCCGGGAAAGUCCUCAGGGUACCCUUCUUAUUGAUGGUUUCGCCCUUCUUGUCUGUGAACCACAGCGACGCCGCCGAGGAAGUUGCUUCGACAGUCUCUCGCGGCGUGGCCGUCCAACUGCAAUUGUGCCUGCCUCAACAUGGCGUAGAUGCUGAGCACACUCUUUCUCGGCAGGAUCUCAAUGUCCGGGAUCCUUUCCUUCCUCAGAGACAGUUGAGGAGGAAGUGGUCGAGUCUUCUCGGACAAUUUGAUACUUCCAUCUCAUGCUGUACAGUGAAGUGUAGUAAUGCAAAAAGCACAGACACUGGUUGUUUAUUUGCCGAUCGAAGGUACACAUUUAUCCAUUGCCUGUAACGAUCUUGCCUAUCCUAACGAUCUCUCGAGCCAAAAUCUUCAACAUAUAUCAUCUGGAAAAGUGACCUACAAAUGUCAGAGCCAUCUGAGGUGUCGGCCUGCGACCGCCAGGUUGAGAGAGGGAGUCUGAGAAACCGGAUAAAUAAGAUUUAUAUGUGGGGAAGUGGUUAAAGGCGUUCUGGUAAUUGGCAGUAUGCACUGUUUGGGUCUGUGUAUAUACAAAAAACAACGGCUUUGCGUGCUACCAGCAGUGAUCACAACGCACUCGAGUGUCUAACUAAAUUGUAACCCAUUCAUGCACUGUACGCUCUUGUUAGCGUGGUCUGGUUUUUGACCGACAUAGCAGGAACCUGCACCGACCUUAAGAUAAGCAGCAAGAUUAUCAGUUGAUCAUGCAGUAGUUGAAGCCUGAUCCAACUACUGCGCACGAGAUAAGAAAAAUCAUCCCUCCGGCCGACGCAGUAGACGCGCCUGCGUUUUCAGUACAUGCACUGGCAGAAUUGUUUACUUCAUGGCCACUGACGCCCUCAUAGCAUACAGUCCCCAAUCACCUUGUCUUUUCCUUCUCGUUCUUCAUUUUGGUUCGUUAAAUAACCUAACAGUUUUGCCAAAUCUUUAGUUCACUAUGCCCUGUCGCACGCACUUUUCUACUAGCCUUGCGUUUGCUGGAUCCUACUGAGCUUCCUUUUAUACCGCUUCUGCCCUAUAUGUUUCGUCUCCGGCCAAAUCACUUAAAGCGCAAUUUGACCCUACGCAUAAGAGCCUCUCAUAUUUCAGCUCAACUCUGUGGCACUGGCUCCCGACUUCCUCAACAGCCCAGGCCACCACUUUACAACGACUACUUCCGCGGACGAUGCUUCACUUACCGUAGAUGAAGCUCCUACCGUUUCAGUGAACGUAACCCUGGCAGCGGCCGACCCAGCCAUUGUGCGCGAGGAGACAAAAAAUAAGAAGUUGGAAGAUGGAGACCUGGCGUUUGGUGACGAAGGCGAGGAGGAUGGCUCCGAGGACUUAGGAGAGGCCUUCUUCAAUGCUAAUGAUGAAUUCGGUGAGCUUUUUUUUCAUUGUUUUGUCCUCUCCGGCACUUUUAACACGAUUUCCCACCUCUCCAUGUUAUUUAUGCUCCUUCCGACAGUAUGUUUUGGUAUGGCGGGCAGGAUUUGUCGACGAAGACAGAGGUACACUUUAUGGGUCUCGGAGUGUUUUUAUUUACUCCUGUAUGCUAAGUCUAGGGUCCCUAAAACGGGCAACGUUGUUGUGUAAGACCUAAUUCGGACCAAAGACUAGUGCGACACUCGAGACAGGGCUGAUUUGCGCUAUAUAAGCCAUCGCUCUCGGUCUCUCCUCCGGCUGGCUUGACUCAGUUUUUCCAAUGGUACUCGCUGAGGGAUGGAAAGGCAAAUGAGUCUAAUCGUGCGAAACCUCUCCUCGCUUUGAUGAAUAUGACGCUCUGAAGUUGUGCGUCCGAAGGUUCUCGGAUUGCGAAGUAACAGGCAUCCUGGACUAGGUUGCAAUUGACUCCCUCUCAAGGUGGCCUCAUAGCCAAGCAGACUUUUGUUUCAUGCCAGCUCGGCGUUGCACCAAUUACGUCUCCAGUUUGUCUUGACGUAAUCCUACAACUCAAGGCUACUGAAAGAGAGCGUAACUUCUACACUGCGCAAGUUCCCCUCGUUUACAUCUACAGAGCAACUGGUGUCGUGGUCUUCUCUCAGGGAAACCGCGCAAGAAAACGAUGUUGCUUAUAGAGCACAUUUUGUGUUACCUUCAAGGCUGAGCUCCGCAGCGCCCAUAUUGCUGACCGAUCGAUGUCUUCAGGCAGAUAGCAAUAAAGCACACCAACGUCAUCGACGGUAAUGCAGACUAACCGGUCUGUUUACGAUCGCAGCUAGGUUGGACGAGUCACCAUAGCAUUAACGAGCUUCGGCAUCAACCUGACUCCAGAGCUUCACCGUGAAAGUUAUUUAGCUGGUUUUUAGUCAUCGGAAAUGACUGAACGACAGAACCGCCGUUGCCAUGGUGCUAGGGCACAGUUUUCACUCUGCCAUCUCACCUUCUGCCGUUUUUGGAAGACUGAGUGAAGAAGUGAGUGUGAAGAUUUUCUGGGAGCGAAAUAGGCCCUUUCAAAUGUAUCGUGUCGGUAGAGCACUCAGAAGUUCACUAAUAUCCCGCCUGAUGCUACUUCCCUUUGCGCUCAUUCACUUCGGCAUUCUUGGAAAAUUCGUGCUAAACAUUCAGACCGUAUGCAAGAAUGAUUGGUCCGCAAGUCAGCGCGCACACCUCCAAAAAAAUGCAGCCAUCUUUUCAGUGCAUCCCAUUCGUGUCAAAUCGACGGACUUCAUUUUGUAAGUAAGAAGCAGCCUAUUUGGGAGCGAAGUUGUGGUCGAGCACGUCUAUAUUGAAGAACUUAAUGGCUCCUCAUGUGACAAAUAGAUUAACGCAAUGAACACUUUGAAAAAGCUGACUACUGCGGUAAACCUUGUCUGUUCAAUCCGAUCUUGGAUGGACUGCAAGCAACGGUGCGCUCUGUGAGCAUGAAUCAAGUCUCGGCAUCUUAUAUAAAGCCGGCAUUUGAAAAUCGCGACGGUAAAGCCUAGGAUGGGUGGCGACGUACCAACGUUUUAAGGGGGUAUUUUUGGCAGAUUUGAAUAAUUCAUUUGAUCCAUUUGCGGAAAACUCGGCGGCCAUGAGUACAGUCAACGCUUCAAUCACCUAAGAUACGUGAGUCCUACCGGGAGACCGCCAAUUGUGAUAUGGUAAACUGACUGUCUAGACGGUGUCUGGUGGAUUCAAAUCCACCAGAUGACUACCAGGCUUAAUUAAUAAAUGUUUUGGCAGACCUGAAUAAUUUAUUUGACCCGAUUGUGAUUUAACCCACGGUUCCCGGUCAGGACCCCUUAGCUCAAGUGAUUAGAGCGUUGACUGUACUCAAGCAUUGCACCUACUGUUGUGGAUUCAGGUGUCACGGAGUGUCUCACAGCUGGAUGGAACGGGUGCCAAUAUUUGUCAUUUGGUUAGUUACUAACCUGAGCCACAUUCACUCACCCCCUAGAAGCAGCCUUUCCGAUUUGUCUAGCUACCCUGUCUCUCCAACCUCGAUUGACAUGUGCCAAUGAAUCUUCGUCUUCUUUCUCCUUUCUUUACCCACUAGCCUCCGAAAACGAGGCUUCUACUUCGGAGUCCUCUGUCGCAUUCGAGCAUCCCUCCUCCUCCCUGGCAGGUGAUCGGGUCGACGCGGAGGGUUUAAAGACUGCUGAUGAGGACCCUGGAGAUGCGGAGUCGCAGGACUCCGAGACACCCUUUGUUACCCCACGCGGUGGCAGUCACCAUCCUGGACGCUCUGACCAAUCGGAGGGCGAGGAAGUGGAAGCGGAGAAGGAGGGUCAAACAGCCCCAACACCACAACGACUCUCCCAUCCACGCAAGAUUCCCGUGGCCUUCUAUGACGCAAUGCCUACGCUUGGCCUGCCUCCUGGCCACCUACCUCUGUACGCCUCCUGGGCCAUCCAUACACUGGGGAAGUAUUUCAGCUAUUCACACUCCUCUGGUACGACUAAUUUGUUGAAGCCUCCCAGGCCCCUUUCCUGA